AUGGCCGCCUAUGGUGAUGAUGUGUGGGAAAACGACUUCGGUGGAGAUGGGGACGAGGGCGACUACGAUGACAGCUUCAUCACUGCUGAAGACUGCUGGACCGUCAUCUCCUCUUUUUUCAACAGGAAGGGCCUCGUUUCCCAGCAGAUCGACUCCUUUGACGAGUUUACCAACAGCACCGUCCAGUCCCUGAUCGACGAAUACUCCACCGUCAGCCUCGACCAGACUCUACCAGAGACCGAUGAUGAUGAGCCUGCCCGCAUUCGCCGAUACGAGAUCAAGUUCGGCAAUAUCUUGAUGACCCGCCCGACCCUGACCGAGGCAGACGGCAGCAUCAAGAACCUGCUUCCUUACGAAUGUCGCGACCGAAACCUCACCUACUCCUGCCCGCUCUACGUCAAGAUAACAAAGACGGUCUCGGUCGCGAGGGAAAGGAAGGUCACCGUCGAAGACAUGGACGCCGAUCAGCACCAACACUGGGCCGAGACUGGAGAGCUGCCAACCACUAUCGCGUGGGACCAGGACCAGGCUGAGGAGGACCCAGCGUCGAAGAAGAGCACACCAGAGCACCUGCGGGACAUGGUAUACAUUGGGAAACUACCCAUCAUGGUGAAGUCUCAAAUUUGCCAUCUGCGUGGCGAGGACGAUGACGGCCUGUUCAUGCUGAACGAGUGUCCCUACGACCAAGGUGGCUACUUCAUUAUCAAUGGUAGCGAGAAGGUCUUGAUCGCACAGGAGCGCUCCGCUGCCAACAUUGUGCAGGUCUUCAAGAAGGCGCAGCCGAGCCCCGAUCUGUAUCAGGCGGAAAUUCGAAGCGCUCUCGAAAAAGGCUCGCGCCUCAUCAGCUCCACGACGCUCAAGCUCAAGGCCAAGGGCGAGACUGCGCGGGGAGGUUUCGGACAGACGAUCCAAGCGACCUUGCCCUAUGUCAAGAAGGAAAUCCCGAUCGCGAUUGUUUUCCGUGCACUCGGUGUCAUCAGUGACGAGGACAUCUUGAAUGCCGUCUGUUAUGACCGACAAGACACGCAGAUGAUGGAGAUGUUGCGCCCUUGUAUCGAGGAGGCCUUUGCAAUCCAGGAGCGGGAGGUUGCUCUGGACUACAUUGCGAAGCGUAGCAACUCGGGACACAGCGCAUCCAAGAUCCAGCGGAUGAAGAAUGCAAAGGAGAUCCUGCAGAAAGAGCUGCUUCCUCACAUUGCGCAGACAGAGGGUUGCGAGACUCGCAAGGCUUACUUUCUUGGAUAUAUGACGCACAAACUGCUACAGUGUGCCCUGGGCCGCCGUGACACAGAUGACCGUGACCAUUUCGGCAAGAAGCGUCUCGACCUGGCUGGGCCGCUCUUGGCAAAGCUGUUCCGCAACAUUGUCAAGAAGUUGACUGGCGACAUGAUGGCAUACAUGAAGCGGUGCGUCAGCGAGGGCAAGCACUUCGACCUCGCAUUGGGCAUCCGCCACUCCACCCUCACAAACGGUCUCAAGUACUCCCUUGCGACGGGCAACUGGGGCGAGCAGAAGAAGGCCAUGAGCUCUACGGCUGGUGUCUCUCAGGUUCUGAAUCGAUACACCUUCGCCUCGACACUGUCUCAUUUGCGACGCACAAACACUCCCAUUGGACGUGAUGGUAAGCUGGCCAAGCCUCGCCAGCUGCACAAUACCCACUGGGGCUUGGUUUGUCCUGCAGAGACUCCCGAGGGUCAGGCUUGCGGUCUUGUCAAGAACCUGUCGCUCAUGUGCUACGUCAGUGUCGGUUCCCCAGCGGAGCCUAUCAAGGACUUCAUGGUCCAACGCAAUAUGGAAGUGCUGGAGGAAUACGAGCCCGGCGCCAGCCCUGAUGCCACCAAGAUCUUCAUUAACGGCACGUGGGUUGGUGUCCACAGCCAGCCGGCGCACUUGGUCACUCUUGUGCAAGAGCUUCGACGUCGGUGCAUCAUCUCUCAUGAGGUCUCUCUAGUGCGAGAUAUCCGUGACCGCGAGUUCAAGAUUUUCUCUGAUGCUGGUCGUGUGAUGCGGCCUCUGUUCGUCGUCAACACACCGGACAACGAGACAGGAGCCGAGGAGGGGACCCUGGCUCUGACCAAGGAGCACUGCAGGCGUCUUGAGGAUGAUGCAAAGUACUCCAGAAAGAAAGAUGACGAGGACUACUUUGGGUGGGAUGGCCUGCAGAAUAGCGGUGUCAUUGAGUAUCUCGACGCCGAAGAAGAGGAGACAGCCAUGAUUUGUAUGACCCCCGAAGACCUUGAAGACUUCCGUCAGCGCAAGCUCCGAGGAAAGGACGGCAAAGACGAAGAGCCUGAGGACGAAGGCAGGAGCUUGAAUGCCCGUGUUAAGACCAGGAUUAACCCGGAUAUUCACAUGUACACCCACUGUGAGAUUCAUCCCGCUAUGCUUCUUGGAAUCUGCGCCAGCAUCAUUCCCUUCCCGGAUCACAAUCAGUCCCCUCGUAACACCUACCAGUCGGCCAUGGGUAAGCAAGCCAUGGGUUUCUUCCUCACCAACUACUCUCGCCGCAUGGAUACGAUGGCGAAUAUUCUUUACUAUCCCCAAAAACCACUCGCCACGACCCGGUCCAUGGAAUUCCUGAAGUUCAGAGAACUUCCGGCUGGGCAGAACGCCAUAGUCGCUAUCGCCUGCUACUCUGGAUACAACCAAGAAGAUUCUGUCAUCAUGAAUCAGAGCAGCAUCGAUCGUGGUUUGUUCCGCAGUCUGUUCUUCCGGUCCUAUACCGAUUCGGAGAAGCGCGUCGGUAUCAAUGUCGUCGAGUCAUUCGAGAAACCAUUCAGGAGCGAUACUCUCCGUCUAAAGCACGGCACGUAUGACAAGCUGGACGACGACGGCAUCAUUGCACCAGGAGUCCGGGUGUCUGGUGAGGACAUUAUAAUCGGCAAGACCUCGCCGAUCAAUGCCGACAACCAGGAGCUCGGUCAACGAACCGAGCAGCACGUGAAGCGCGACGCCUCCACCCCCCUCCGAAGCACGGAGAGCGGUAUCAUUGAUUCUGUUAUUGUCACAACCAAUCAAGAUGGCCUCCGCUACGUGAAAGUGCGCGUCCGAACUACCAAGAUUCCCCAGAUUGGUGACAAGUUUGCCUCCCGUCACGGUCAAAAGGGCACUAUCGGUGUCACCUACCGGCAGGAGGACAUGCCUUUUACCCGCGAGGGUAUCACCCCCGAUAUCAUCAUCAACCCGCACGCUAUUCCGUCUCGUAUGACCAUUGCUCAUUUGAUUGAGUGCCUCAUGUCCAAAUUGGCGACACUGAAGGGAAUGGAGGGUGAUGCGACUCCAUUCACAGAGGUCACGGUCGAUUCGAUCUCGGAACUUCUCCGCCAGCACGGAUACCAGUCGCGUGGCUUUGAAGUCAUGUACAACGGGCACACAGGCCGCAAACUCAGAGCACAGGUCUUCUUCGGCCCGACGUACUACCAGCGUCUCCGUCACAUGGUGGACGACAAGAUCCACGCGCGCGCUCGUGGCCCAGUGCAGAUCAUGACACGCCAGCCCGUUGAGGGUCGUGCUCGAGAUGGUGGUCUGCGUUUCGGAGAAAUGGAACGUGACUGUAUGAUAGCUCACGGCGCCGCUGCCUUCCUGAAGGAGCGCCUGUUUGAGGUUUCAGAUGCGUUCCGAGUCCACAUCUGCGAGAUUUGUGGACUCAUGACGCCUAUCGCUAAUCUCACCAAACAAACCUUUGAGUGCCGACCUUGCAAGAACAAGACCAAGAUCGCACAGGUCUACAUCCCCUACGCUGCGAAGCUGCUCUUCCAGGAGCUUGCGGCUAUGAACAUUGCCUCACGCAUGUUUACGGACCGUUCGGGUGUUUCCAUCAGAUGAGCAAUUAUGUUCAUCGGCGCGCACUCUCUCUUUCUCGCGCUCUCUCCAGCUUGCGCUCAGUGGAUCCACAGAGGUCUCAUACCCCUUCGCUCUGUGGCGCAAUUGGCGAUUUGCGCGGCUGGAGAGGGCAAGAAAGGCAAAUAUAGUAUGCAUGGAUUUCGGCGUUGGAGUUGCUGGUCUUUUGUGGUGGGAUUAUUCCCCAGCCAGGAGGGACGAGGAAGACAAAAUCGAUAUGAAGGUGAACACCGUGAGUAGUCUCACCUUGAAGGAGACUUGUAUGGUAGAUAUUGCCAAAAGGGGCGAUGUCUACCGAUCAGAAUGAGUUAUCACCCGAAUGGGGACCGGGGGCGUUACACGCGGAAAUAUGGGCCUGAGAAGAUUCGAAAUUUCUAGAACAAAAGAGAUACCGCCUGUGGUAGUUUACCAGCCCAAAUCAGAAAGAACUAAAAUGAGAUGCC